AUGUCAACGGCGGCGCCACCAUUUUGUUCUUCACCAAGCUUCUCUGCUCAAAGACCACCAUCUGGAGACUCAAGUUCUAAAUCACAAUCCAAUCUUCUAACAACUAAACCCAAAACACUGCUGGAAAAACACCCACUCUAUACCCCAACCCAUUCAAAAAUCUCCCUUCAAUUCAAGGAGAAAAUCCUGUGCCUCGAAAUCAUGGGCGUCGACUCCGGUCGAGCACUCUCCCAAAACCCGUCUCUCCACACUGCUUCUUUGCAUUGCAUCCAGCAAAUAAUCACCUUCCUCCAGUCCAAAGGCAUCCAUCAAAAGGACUUAGGCAGAAUCUUCGGCAUGUGUCCCCAGAUCCUAACAUCGGACAUUAAAACUGAUCUUAACCCAGUUUUCAAUUUCCUGUCCUACGAUUUGAAUGUCCCCGACCAGAAUUUUAGACAGGUCAUCAACAAAUGUCCCAGACUGUUAAUUUCCAGUGUAAGAGACCAGCUUAAACCUGCUUUAUUCUAUCUUCAAAGAUUAGGCUUCAAGGAUUUGUAUGCAUUGGCUUAUCAGGAUCCCAUUUUGCUAGUUUCCAGUGUGGAGAAGACGUUGAUUUCUAAGCUGGAUUAUUUAGUUUCCUUAGGAUUUUCGAAAGAUGAUGCUGUCGGAAUGGUUUUAAGGUGUCCUGGAUUGUUCACUUUCAGCAUAGAGAACAAUUUCAAGCCUAAAUUUGAAUAUUUUGACAAUGAGAUGAAGGGUGAAUUGGAGGAACUGAAGGAAUUUCCGCAGUAUUUUGCAUUCAGUCUGGAGAAGCGUAUAAAACCUCGGCAUAUGGAGGUUGUACAGUGUGGAAUUGAGGUCAGUUUGCCAUUGAUGUUGAAGAGCACUGAUGAGGAGUUCAGAGAGUUAAUAAGGCAAGGGGGUGGAUAA